UCGUCCACCAUGGCUCCACUGUUCCACGUGGAGGCUCUGCUCCCGAGCUCGAUCUCACCCAAGAUCGACUCCAUCCUCCACUCCCACAUCUACCGGCAGGUAGGUCACGUCUUCCGCGCCGUCGCCAGGUUCAGGGCCCUGCUCGUCGACGUGAUACUCAGCAAGAAGAGGACUGCCGCCGCGAGAGCCGGCGGUGGCGGGUACGGCCACUACGGUCGCUCGACGACGAAGUCGGCGAAGAGGAGCGGCGGCAAGAAGCAGACGAGCAAGAUCGUCGGCUUCGUGAAGAUGCACUUCGUCGGCACCUCCUUCCCGCCAGCUCGAGCGAGGGAUCGGUUGGACGCCAGCCGCGCGCCCUGCUAUUCGUCAUACUACGACUACGAGUACGCGGCGGAGUGGAACGCUGUGGUUCCGGCGACGGCGGCGGCCGUGGAGGAGGAGGUGGUGGAGGUGUGCGACGACACGGCGGAGUGCGGGUACCUGUGUUGGCUGGAGGAGGAGAGGUCGUCGGGUGGCGUGCCGGCGGGCGAGGACGACGGCGCCGAGGCUAGUCCGGCGGUGAACGAGAUCGACAGGCUGGCGGAGAAGUUCAUCGCGAGGUUCCACGCGAAGUUCUUGCUGGAGAAGCAGGAGUCGUACCGGAGGUACCAGGAGAUGAUCGCCAGGAGCAUAUGAACCACGAGAUCCAUGACGACCCAUCGAGGGUUCAUCCAUUGCGCCGGGCGGCUUGGUGUCCGGACUCUGAGCAUCCGGAGUACUACGUGAGUACGAAUUUGAUGUUGAGCAGUGAGUAAUUCAUGGUGCAGCUCUUCGUGGCCGUGCCUCGAAAUUGGAGUCGUUUUCGCUGGGGGCGUGUCGUGUGUCGUGUGUCGUGUGUCGUGUGUGCGUGUGAUGAUUUAAUUUGGUGGAUUCAUGUAAGGUUGGGUUACGGUCGAAGCAAAAUUAUUCUUCGGGAGGUCAAGAAAUAAUAUCAGCAGUGAUUUAUAUACAAGAUUCA